AUGGGCAAGCCCUCGUUGCCGACCUUGCUGGCUAUCUGCGCCUUGGCAGCCAACUAUGGCUCCCGCUCCGUGUUCCCAGUGGUCUCCCACGUGAUUUGUGCCGACUCCCGCUGUUCUGCCUCGGAGCUCGUUGGGGCCUCGGCCAGCGCCUUUUUCGCUGGGGAUCUGGUGGCACAGUUGGCCGCCAAGCCCUUGGUUCAGCGCUACAGUGGCCAGCAACUGCUGAGCCUGGGCACAGCCGCCUGGGCCCUCGUGCUGCUGCUUGUCCCCUUGGCUGUGCAGGGCCCAAUGCUGGGGCUUCUCUUGCUGAAGCUGCCAUUUGGAUUCUGCUGCGGCCUUGGCUACCCUGCAGCGCAUGCACUGCUGGCAGAGGCCGUGCCAGCGUCGGAAAAAGGCCUGGCCGUUAGCUUGAUUGUGAGUGCAUCGGCUAUGGGCGCCAUGAUAAGUAAUUUCAUAACACCGCAGCUGGUGGAAAUCUGUGGCUGGCCAGUUCCGUUCGUUCUCUUCGCCCUGCUGGGCGGCGGCGUAGCAAGUGCUAUCCGAAUGCUUCCCAGCUCCCGGCCCAAGGCGAAGGAGCUUGCAGCAGACACUGCGGACUGGGAGGAGCUGUUGGUCUGGUCCAAGGAGCCUCUAAUCCUCGCAAUCUAUUUUGCAAUGUAUGCUUCUGGGGUUGCCAACGCCUUCCUCUACAGCUUCGUGCCGAGCCUUUUCGUGGAAGCGUAUGGAGCACAGGUGUCUGAUCUGGCGUGGCUCACAGCCGCCGCGCCGCUCUUUAACUCCAUAUGCUGCGUUCUCAGCGGCAUCUUGGCAGACCGUCUGGCCAGAUCCUUCGAGACCUACCGCUGUCGGAUGCUGAUGCAGUUGUUGGGCACUGCGCUCCCAGCGCUGUGCCUGGUAACCAUCUGCAGUCUGGAGAGUCGCUUUGGCGUCUCCAUCCUGCUGACUGUCUGGAUGGGUACCCACGGUUUCCAAACCUCUGGGCUCACAGCCCUUUUUCACGACGUCGCCCAUGCACGAGCGAGCGAGCUCUUUGCCAUCGGCAACGUCUUCAGCAAGUUUGCGGGCAUCUUGGCCGGGCCCAUGUUCAGCCGAAAUGCGGCCCUCUGGGGUUGGAGGUGUGUCCUCUGUGGCCUCGCGGUCCAUUACGUGAUGUCCGGCCUGGUCCUCAUCAGCCUCAUGCACAGGAGCAAGGAGGCGAGCAGGUUGUUUUUGACCGAAGACAAGCCCCGCGCUCUGAAGUUCGAGACCUCUGCAGUGCGAGAGACAGCUGGAGGACAGGGAGAGCCGCCAGUCUCACUUUUGCCAGACAAAGGUCCUUGCUCAGAGCACCCGCGCGAAAAUGUGUCGUUGAAGCAGCGACAGCGGUGUCCGCAGUGA